ACCCUUCCUUAAUGGGCUUUCACUGAAAGAUGGACCGGGUUUAUACCGAACCCGAUUCCUCUUCUUUUCUCGCUCUCUCAUCUGCAACCUGUAAAACCCAAAACCCUCUCUGUCUUUCUCCUUGGGACUAGCCGUCGACCAUUUUUCAAUUGAAAUUCGAUUGAAAUUUGAUUGAUAAUAAAGGAUGAUAAAGAGGCGAUUCUAUAGGGAAGAACACGGUGAAAGAGAUGAACCCUCCUCGGAUUCAUCUUCAUCUUCAUCUUCUGAUUAUGACUCUGAAGUUGAAGCAGAGGAAUCAGAGGAUCAUGCUCCAGUUGCAGAGGCAAAAGAAAAUGAUGAAUCCUGCUCCACCUCGUCUGGAUAUGAGGGUGAGGAUAGCUCAGCAAAUGAGAUUGUUGCAGACUCAUCAGUAGGUAAUAAAAAUGAUGAUGAUGGAAAUGGAAAUAACAAGCAAAUACCCGUUGGCCCUCGGAUAUCUGGUAAACGUGAUGCUGUUAUAGACAAGAAUGAGUUUAAUGGUGUACCCGAGAAUGAAUUGGCAACAAGCAAUAUGCCAGAGUUUGUAUUGAAAUUCAAAUCAGUUUAUAAGUGUCGGAUUUGCCCUCGAAUCGUCUGUUUGACUGAGGAGACAAUGAGGACUCAUCUCAAUUCAAAGGGACAUAUUCGGUCAGAGAAGUUGCUGAAGGAGAACAGACUGAAGGCCAUGCUUAAUAGUGACGGGGAAAUUGAGAACCAGGAGACUGCUGCAGAGUUGCAUGCUCGAAUUAUGGCCUUUGGACAGAAUAAAUCAAAAAAGAAAAAUAAAGGGCGUCAACGGCAAAAGAAGAGAACAAGAAAGAAGGAAGGGACAGAUGUUUCAAAUGCAGAGAAAACAAAGGGAUCAGUAAGAACACCAGCCAAGAAAAAGGCUAAAAAAUGAGAACUGAAGAAUGCAAAAUUCUUGUUCUCUGUACUGUGAAAGGAAGAAAGAAAGAAAGAGGGAUUGACUUCAUUUUUGUUUAACUAAUUAUAGGUUGUUCAAGAGAAUUAAUUGAAUGCUAUGUACAAUUUGCAUUUCUUUCACUGAAUGCCAGCUUUUUCUUUUUCCCCUUUUUUUAAAUUACUAUUGAUAAACAUUAUCAUUGUUGAAGUCUUUCACUUUGCCAA